AUCUGAUUGCAUCUUCUGCAUUAGAGAAGGAGUCACUUUCUUGAGUCACAGUCAACGAUGAGGAUCUCAGAGCCAGUUCUGGACAUGGAUAUGGCGAACUACACUGAAAUCCUUGAUCCAAGUUAUACUGGUCUGGAGUUUGAGAUAAUGCAGGACUUUUAUAAUGGCAAUGACAGUUGCUCAGCAGAGCCGCUCAAUAUGAACACGCCUGACAGUGGGAUUGGUGGUCUUUGUGCAAUAUGUGGAGACAGAGCCACUGGCAAACAUUAUGGGGCUUCCAGUUGUGAUGGAUGCAAGGGAUUCUUCCGACGUAGCAUACGAAAGAAUCAUGUUUAUACCUGCAGAUUUAGCCGGCAAUGCAUUGUUGAUAAGGACAAGAGAAAUCAAUGCAGAUACUGUCGUUUAAAAAAGUGCUUUCGUGCUGGGAUGAAGAAAGAAGCUGUGCAAAAUGAACGAGACAGGAUAAGUACAAGACGGAGCACAUCCGAAAGCAGUAACAUUCCUUCUAUUAACACGCUGUCCCAGGCUGAAGUGCUUUCUCGUCAGCUCCCUGUUUCAAGCCCCAGUGCUGGUACUACUGACAUCAAUGUUAAGAAAGUUGCCUGUAUUAGUGAUGUCUGUGAAUCUAUGAAGCAGCAGCUCUUGGUCCUUGUAGAGUGGGCAAAAUAUAUUCCAGCUUUUUGUGAACUACGGCUGGAUGACCAGGUUGCUCUGUUGAGAGCCCAUGCUGGAGAACAUCUGUUGCUUGGAGCAGCAAAACGCUCUAUGGUUUACAAAGACGUAAUUCUUUUAGGUAACGAUUUUGUAAUCCACCGCAACAGCUCUGAAAUUGAGAUCAGCCGAGUAGCAAACCGGAUUCUGGAUGAGAUAAUACGCCCAUUUCAGGAAAUUCAAAUUGAUGAUAAUGAAUAUGCCUGUCUAAAAGCUAUUGUCUUCUUUGACCCAGAUGCAAAAGGACUGAGUAACCCAAUGAAGAUCAGGAACAUGCGGUUUCAAGUUCAAAUCAGUUUAGAGGAUUACAUAAAUGACCGCCAAUAUGAUUCCAGGGGACGCUUUGGUGAACUUUUGUUACUUCUUCCUACUCUCCAGAGCAUCACCUGGCAAAUGAUUGAGCAAAUACAAUUUGUGAAACUAUUUGGAAUGGUUAAAAUUGACAACUUACUUCAGGAAAUGUUACUAGGAGGGACAUCUAAUGAUGCUUCUAAUCUCCAUCCGGUACAUCCUCACUUAGCUCAAGAUCCACUUACUGGGCAGACUUUGCUUAUAAGUUCCGUGACUGUUCCUGUACAUUCAGAACAGAUCUCAACUCCUGAAACUCCACUACCAUCUCCUCCACAAGGCUCUGGCUCAGAAUACAAAAUAUCUACAAACCAAGUUACGGUUAUUUCACAGCCAUCUCUUCCAAAACAAAAGCCAUUGUGAUAUUGACCCCUUCUUCUUCUUCCUCUUUGAAAAUGGUGAAAACAUUAAGACACUGGAAAACUCAGGACAGAGAACUUUGACCCUAUUCAGAGAGAUGAGCACUGCUCCUUUUGGAGAUGGGUAUAGUUGGUGUUUGUUUGUUUUUUAAUUGCAUCGCUGUUGCUACUAUUUUUUAAAGACUGAAUUCAAAAAGAAUUUGUGGUGAAUAAGUAAAAAGCUGUUUCUCUUUUGCAAUGCCUUUGAAUCAUAAUUGAGGAAGUUUAAUUUAUUGUCUGUUUAUGCCAUUUGUCAUCUUAAAAAUCUUAAGUAAUAUUUGUAACCGAAUGCACAGCCUGAUUUUAAUAAAAUUGCAAGCUGAAAUGUAAAAGUAAUGAAACAGUGAAGUGAGUGGUUUUAACAGUUAAUCAAGGCAGGUGUCUCAUUUUCUUGAGUACACAAUGGAGGGUGAAAGCCAAAAUGCUUUCUGAAUGCAUCUAUACGGGGUGUGUGUUUAUAUUGUAUUGUGAAACCUUGCACAUGUUUACUCAGAAAUCUUGCCCCCAGGAUUCUUUAUGACAAAUAGGCAAGUGUACACAAGAUUGUGACCUAUGUGGAAGCAUGUCUCAUUCAUUUCAAACAUAAAAAGAGUAGGAGAUUUAUGCUUGUUCUCCCCAUACUUUUUUUGUAAGAUUAUUUUCUUGCAAUCUGCUUGUGCUGUUGGAUAUGUGAUCCAAAGCAUUUUAAGUGACCAAAAUAACAGUAACAGCAGAUUAUGACUUCUGCUGAAUGCUAAAAGAAUGCUAGCCAACCCUACGGGAAGAUGUUUCUCAGAGAAUUUUUGAUCAGCAUAGGCUAUGAGCCAGCAGAGCAGAUGGAAUUAUGAGCUCCAAGUUAGGAAACUAGUUUAUUUAGUUCAUCAGGCAAGAGUUAUAAUCCUGGCUGAGAUUUUUUACUCUGGGAUUUUGUGAAACAGUUGUCACUUCGAAUUCUCCAAGGUUCUGCAACUCUGACCUUCCAUUCAAGGACAGUAUAGGAGAUAGUGGUAGAGGAACAAUGAACCACAUCCUGGAUACUUUGGAUUGGGUCUAGUAAAUUGCACUAGAGAAGGUCUGUUGAAUCAGUGAGUAUUUAGUGAAUCAAUUCAUUAAGUUCCAUUGAUUCACAUGUUGUUGUUUAGUCGUUUAGUUGUGUCCAACUCUUCGUGACCCC